UGUGAAGUUAGGCGGUUUAGGGGACUUAGUGACGUGAUGGUGCCGGGAAAGGGUGGAGCAGAUUGCUUCUCCUAUCUCUUGAGAAGUAUGGAUUUUAACAGCCGUCUUUACAAUAUUGGAGAAGAACUGGGCAGUGAUGACCUGGUGUCCCUCAAGUUCCUGAGUCUGGACCACAUCCCACAAAGGAAGCAGGAGUCCAUCAAGGAUGCCCUGAUGUUAUUCCAGAGACUCCAGGAAAAGAGAAUGUUGGAGGAAAGCAAUCUGUCCUUCUUGAAGGAGCUGCUCUUCCGAAUUAAUAGACCAGAUCUGCUGGUCAAGUACCUGGACACUAGCAAGGAGGAGAUGGAGAGGGAACUUCAGACACCAGACAGGGCUCAGAUUUCUGCCUACAGGGUCAUGCUAUUUCAGAUUUCAGAAGAUGUAAGCAAAGCAGAAUUGAGUUAUUUUAAGUUUUUUUUGAAGAAGGAAAUCUCCAAAUGUAAACUGGAUGAUGACAUGAACUUACUUGAUAUUUUCAUGGAAAUGGAGAAGAGGGUCAUCCUAGGGGAAAGCAACUUGGAUACCCUGAAAAGAAUCUGUGACCGAAUCAAUAAGAGCCUGCUGAAGAAGAUCAAUGAUUAUGAAAACUUAAGCAGAGAGAGAAGAGUGAGCCUUGAAAGAAGCCCAGAUGAAUUCUCAAAUGGGGAGGGGUCAUUCGGCGUGCUGGCAAUGUCGGACUCUCCAAGAGAACAAGACAGUGAUUCACAGACUUCAGACAAAGUUUACAGAAUGAAAAGCAAGCCUCGGGGAUACUGUUUGAUUUUCAACAACUAUGAUUUUAGCAGAGCACGGAAGGAUGUGCCCAAACUUCACAGAAUUAAGGACAGGAAUGGAACGCACUUGGACGCAGAGGCUUUGGGCAAGACCUUUAAUGAGCUUCAUUUUGAGAUAGUAGAUUACAGAGACUGCACAGCAAAGGAGAUCUGUGAGUUUCUGAAGUCCUACCAAAGCAUGGACCACAGUAACAAGGACUGCUUCAUCUGCUGCAUCCUCUCCCAUGGGGACAAGGGCAUCGUCUAUGGCACUGACGGACAGGAGGCCUCCAUCUAUGAGCUCACCUCUUAUUUCACUGGUUCGAAGUGCCCUUCCCUCGCUGGAAAACCCAAAGUCUUUUUUAUUCAGGCUUGUCAAGGGGAUAACUACCAGAAAGGUAUAGCUGUUGAGACUGACUCAGAGCAGAAGGAAGCCUAUUUAGAAAUGGAUUCAUCAUCUCAAAACAGAUAUAUCCCGGAUGAAGCUGACUUUCUGCUGGGAAUGGCCACUGUGAACAACUGUGUUUCCUAUCGAAACCCUGUGGAGGGGACCUGGUAUAUCCAGUCACUUUGCCAGAGCCUGAGAGAGAGAUGUCCUCGAGGUGACGAUAUUCUCACCAUCCUGACUGAAGUGAACUAUGACGUGAGCAGUAAAGACGACAAGAAAAACAUGGGGAAGCAGAUGCCACAGCCCACCUUCACACUAAGAAAAAAGCUCGUCUUUCCUCUUAAUUGAUGCUGUUGUUUACAUGAGUAACACUAUGCUUUAUUUGUUGAUAAGCUAUUAGUUACUUAGUACUAUUUUGCACUUAGAUGGCAGAAAGGGAGUUUAGAAUUAUUAGAAUUCUUAUGUGAAUUCAAGCCGGAAUCUCUGGCUUUGCAAACAGUAAUAGCCACCAUUAGACACUUAUGGCCAUGGUAUUAUUUUAAUUAUAUGUUUAAUAAGAUGAAAACAUUUUUUUAAAUAACUUACAGUUGAUCAAAAAGUAUAGUAAGUUUAAAAGAAAUAUGACAAAAAUCUCCUAAAAAGUUCAAAAUCUGAAUCCUUGACCUUGGUGUAUACAACCAGCCAUCCCCAAUUCCCUUCAAAUUGUUAAACAUUAGAAACAAAACAAAAAUCACUUAAAGGCAUCAUCCCAAAGCUUUAGCCUUGAACAUGCUGUUAAUAAUAGCACUGGAACUUUAUAAGGCACAGGAAGAAGAGAAGUGGUGAAAUCACUUUCCCACCAGGAGGCCUCAGAAUAAUGAAUGUUAAAAUAUUUGGAGACAGCAAGUGUCCCUUCUGCCCGUGAGAGGGCUGAUACCUCAUUUCUCGUUCCCAUGAUAAUUUGUCAGACUUGCAUUCCCACUAACUGGGUGGGAUUCUGUGGCACAGAACAAUUGGUAUGCAGGUGAAUGCCUGUGACACCCUCUCAAAGGUCACCGACGGAGAUUUUUGUGAUCCAGUCUAGCUAAAAAAACCCACCUCACACACUGAGGUUCAGUGUGUAAUGCUCCCACAUCCAGCCUGACGGUGGCCGGUGGGUAAGACGAGUAAUAUCAGAAACGAGCACCUCCUCUCUGCCUCCUCUCUUGAGGAAUGGGAAGAUCCUAUGUUUCAGUGAUGAAAGACACCAUGACUCUAUUCAAGGUUAAGCUAAAACUUCAGAACACCUAGGAGUGAUUUGUCUUGUCCCUCUCUUUCUAAGCCAUCCUCCACACUACCUUUUUAUGAUACAUUUUUGAAUGUUGAUUUUUAUUGUAAAAGAUUUAAAAUAUUAAAAUUAUUUUGAAAAUUCUUUAUAAUUUGUCCCCAAACUCCCUUUUUGGCCUCUUCUCCUAUUGCUCUUGUAAUAUAUACCUGCUUUUGCAGCAUCCGAUGUGACUGGCUUUUUGCUAAUGAUGCAGUGCUCGUUUCCUUUAUUUGCAUUUGCUCUUUCUUUGCUAAAUUUAUUCCAAAUCUUUAGUAAUUAAUUUCUGUAACAGCUGUAUUUUUAAAGAAUAUUUUUAAAAAAACAUUUUUACUAGAAUAAAAUAUAAUUUUAUGUUACUGCU